AAAAUAUAUAUAUUUAUGGGGAUAGCGUGUUUUGGAAUGAGAUGGGAUUGCGGGCGUGUCCUCGACUCCAUAGCCAAAAAGCUUCGAAUCCACAAAGACUAUGUCCGAUUCCGAGCCGUAUGCGCGAGCUGGAGGGGAUCGGCUUUGAAGACGCCGACGCAUCUUCCCUGCCAAUUUCCAUGGCUAAUGCUAUCGCAGAGGCAAUCCAGCAGGCUCGGCUUCUUCAGUCCUCUGGAUGAUAAGUUUCACUUCCUCAUCCUCCCGGAGGCCUCCAAUCGCCGCCGCCGCUGCGGCUCCUCCCACGGCUGGCUCGUCAUACUCGACGAGUCGCCGUCGGUGUUCAUCAUCAACCCGCUCACCCGAGCCAAACUCAAUCUCCCGCCUCUCUCGCGAUUCCCUAACGUCCUCGAUUUCAAUUUCUACAACGUUGGCCGUGAAUACACUCUCCGAUCCGACGGCGAGAUCCAUACCUGUAGUUUGAAAGAAAUGCGCGACACUUUUAUCAAAAAGGUUGUCCUCUCCGGUAAUCCUCUGCUUCAACCGAGCUUCAUCGCCAUGGCGAUUCUCAACGAAACAGGCGACCUAGCGUACUGCAAAAACGGUGAGAAUUCCUGGAAUUUGAUUGACGAUGCUAGGUCAUUUUGUGAGGAUGUGAUUUACAGCGACGGAUUGUUCUUUGCUGUGAAUAAAUUCGGUUCAAUUGUAGUCUGCGAUGUUAACAGCGAUUCCCCUAGGGUUUCAUUCAUAGACACGCCAUUACAAACUGGGGGCGAUAUGCAGUAUCUGGUGAAGGUAGAUGAUGACUUUCUGCUAGUCACUAGGUAUCUAGAACUCGACGUUGAUAUCCAGAACCACCGCCUUGAUAUCGUGUACAAAACAGUCGAAUUCCGCGUGUUUAGGCUGGAUUUGAGCGGGGAGAAAUGGGAGAGAGUUACAAGUUUGGAAGAUAAGGUGUUGUUUCUGGGAGAGAAUUCUUCCUUGGCUCUAUCAACUCCAGAUUUUCCAGGAUUCAAGGGGAACAGGAUUUACUUUACAGAUGACUAUUCUGAGAUGAACUAUGAAGGUGCUAAUGCGGAUCAUGAUGUUGGGAUCUAUAACAUGGGGGAUGGUAGCUUCUCAGAAUUCCCCUGCUGCCCUCGCAAUCCACAUUCUGUGCUCUGCUGGCCGCCCCCAAUUUGGAUCACUCCCAAUCCAUGUUAAGCCUGCAAAUAUCUCAACAGUGAAUAUCUCAGUGAAGAAUGAAUGAUCUAUGAAUUGGCUGAAGUAACAUUUCACCUGCUUUUCACUAUUGGAUUGUAUAUAUUGUUGUAUUAUAUAUAAAGAUGUGAUUUGCCAGAGCUGUUAUGCUUUGAAGUCUGUAUUAGCCUUGUGUAUAUCAAAUACAUUUACUGUAGACUGUAGAGAGAUUGCUUUUUAAUAACUGCUCUAUAUUCUUUCGUACA